GUGGCCGUACCUAUUUACCUUCACUCCACCAAGCAAGUAGCUGAGCUGGGCUGGCCAUGGCGAAGACAGCUUCAGCGUCUACGCCUGCUGAAACUCCUGCAAAAACUGCUCAUGAGAAAAUGGCGUUGAGGCCAAGAUCAAAGUUGACGAUGAAGCAAAGCAGUACAGCAAAGAGGCCUAAGAUGGCAGCGGCUAAGAAGAAGGCAUCCAAAUUAGAUGCUAAUAAACCCAAAAAACCGCCCACCGCUUUCUUUUAUUUCUUGGAGGAUUUUCGUAAGGAAUUCCAAGAGCAGAAUCCAGAUGUCAAGUCAAUGCGUGAGAUUGGCAAGGCUUGCGGAGAGAAGUGGAAGAUCAUGACUUAUGAGGAGAAGGUCGAGUACUAUGAUGUAGCAACUGUGAAACGAGCGGAGUUUGAGAAAGCUAUGGCCGACUAUAUCAACAAAAAGGAAAGUGGGGAAUACGAUGAGUUUGAUGAGGACUCGGAUUUUGAUGAAUGAAUAUGUUGUGUUUAACGUAGAACGAUUCAGACAUAGGAUGGAUUCGAUACUUUGUACAGUUAAUAUUGAAGCAUGUCUUUUGAAACUAAACUACAUGUAAAUCAUUCUCUUUGUACAUUCUUGAUUGAAGAAGAAAAUAGAAAGGGAACACAAAUGUGGUUUUUAGGUUUUGG